ACCGCAAGCAGUUGUAUCUAAUGAAGUAGCCAGUAACGCAGUGCUUCAGAGCCUCUCCGUUUUGGGUUCAGUGGAUGGGCAAGAGUCUGACUCUCUUCAUCAUCUUCCAGUGCAUCCACUUUGGCAGAGUCCGCUUACAAUUCCUGGAGGCACCCGACAGUCUCCUAUCAAUAUCCAGUGGAGAGACAGUGUUUAUGACCCCUUUCUGAAGCCUCUGAAAAUCAGCUAUGACCCAACAACGUGUCUUCACAUAUGGAACAAUGGAUAUUCAUUCCUGGUUGAGUUUGAUGAUUCUACUGAUAGAUCAAUAAUCGUUGGAGGUCCCUUGGAAAACCAAUACAGGCUAAAGCAGUUCCACUUCCACUGGGGAGCUAUAAAUGAGUGGGGUUCAGAGCACACAGUUGACAGUAAAUUUUACCCGGCAGAGUUGCAUUUAGUACACUGGAAUGCCGUUGUGUACCCAACUUUUGAAGAAGCUGUAAUGGAAGGUAACGGCUUGGCUGUUAUUGGAGUGUUUUUAAAGCUAGGAGCACAUCAUGAAGGGCUGCAGACACUGGUUGAUGCCUUGCCGGCGGUUAAACACAAGGACACUGUUAUCGAGUUUGAUGUCUUUGAUCCCUCCUGUUUGAUACCUUCAUGCCCUGAUUAUUGGACCUAUGCGGGCUCUUUGACUACUCCUCCACUUACUGAAUCAGUCACAUGGAUUAUUAAGAAGAAGCCAAUAGAGGUUGAUGAGAAUCAGCUGGAGGCAUUUCGGAUGCUGCUCUUUACUUCAGAUGGUGAAGAAGAAAAGAGAAUGGUAGACAACUUUCGCCCUCUUCAGCCAUUAAUGAAUCGAACCGUCCGUUCAUCCUUCCAAAGCAGGUAUCUCUUGAAUACUGAAGUACAGCCCAAGGACCAUGCUGAGCAGAUCAGGCCAUAGAUGGCCUACGAAAUGUCAGUCCAGACUGCAAUAUCUGGAUAUAACUGACAUUAUUUUUUAAUUUUUUUUUUCCUUGUUCUGCAGUGUGUGUAUGCCAUACAGUUUCACAGCCAGCCAGUUUCAGUUCUGCUAAGUGCCAUUUGACCUUCAGUAGAGA